CAAAAACAUCUUGCUACCUCAAAAUUCUCGUUGAAGCAAACCCCCAUCCCUCUACACAAUGCUUCGAAGUUUAUCUGUGCCUCGAGCGGCCGUAAGGUCGGCUUUCAAGCAAAGCUCGUCUCUCCCUAAAGUAGUUGCCCCUUCAGCGAUUGCGAGAUUAUCAAAACGUUCCUAUGCCACCGAAGCUGAGGAGCGGGAUCUGGUCAUCAUCGGAGGUGGUGUUGCCGGCUAUGUCGCCGCCAUCAAAGCCGGCCAGGAAGGCUUGAAGGUUACAUGUAUCGAGAAGCGCGGGACACUCGGUGGCACAUGCUUGAACGUUGGCUGCAUUCCAUCAAAAGCUCUCCUCAACAACUCCCAUCUAUACCACCAGAUUCUCCACGACACCAAAAACCGAGGUAUCGAAGUCGGCGAUGUGAAGCUUAACUUGGAGCAAUUGAUGAAAUCAAAAGAUACCGCUGUUGCCGGCCUGACCAAGGGUGUUGAGUUCUUGUUCAAGAAAAACAACGUGGAGUACAUCAAAGGCACGGGAUCCUUUGUCAAUGAGCACGAAAUCAAGGUCAACCUCUCGGAGGGUGGCGAGCGAAGCGUAGUCGGAAAGAACAUUAUCAUUGCAACAGGAAGUGAGGCUACGCCCUUCCCUGGACUCGAGGUCGACGAGAAGAGAAUCGUUACGAGCACCGGUGCUCUCGCUCUGGAGAAGGUUCCGGAGAGCAUGGUUGUCAUCGGAGGUGGUAUCAUCGGUCUUGAGAUGGGCUCCGUCUGGUCAAGAUUAGGCGCGAAGGUCACUGUCGUCGAAUACCUUGGACAGAUCGGAGGCCCCGGAAUGGAUUCCGAAAUCUCAAAAUCGGCGCAAAAGAUCCUGAAGAAGCAAGGCAUCGACUUUAAGCUCAACACCAAGGUAUUGGGUGGUGAUGUCAGCGGCGACAAGAUCAAGCUUGAGGUUGAGGCCGCGAAAGGAGGAAAGAAUGAGACACUUGAAGCGGAAGUCGUUCUCGUUGCUAUCGGUCGUCGACCAUACACUGCUGGUCUCGGAUUAGAGAACAUUGGCCUCGAGACCGACGAGAGAGGAAGACUGGUCAUCGACUCCGAAUACCGCACCAAGAUCCCCCACAUCCGCGUUGUCGGUGACUGCACAUUCGGCCCCAUGCUUGCCCACAAGGCGGAAGAGGAAGCUGUGGCAGUGGUUGAAUACAUCAAGAAGGGAUACGGACACGUCAACUACGGUGCCAUCCCAUCUGUCAUGUACACUCAUCCCGAGGUUGCGUGGGUGGGCCAGAAUGAGCAAGAAUUGAAGGCUGCGGGCGUUAAAUACAAGAUCGGCACAUUCCCAUUCUCAGCGAACUCGAGAGCAAAGACGAACCUCGACACCGAGGGUAUGGUUAAGAUGAUCGUGGAUGCCGAGACAGACAGAAUUCUUGGUAUCCACAUUAUUGGACCGGGUGCAGGCGAGAUGAUUGCGGAAGGUACGCUGGCGAUCGAGUAUGGAGCGUCGAGUGAGGAUAUUGGACGAACAAGUCACGCACACCCAACACUGUCUGAGGCCUUCAAAGAAGCUGCUAUGAACUGCUACAGCAGUGCCAUCCACUUCUAA